GUCGUCGGUGUAGAGAUCAUCUUCAUCCUCGCCGUGGAUCCACUCCCCAAUGCCCGUGAUUCCUACGCGAUCUCGAUGUUCGUGAAAUCGGGUCGAGUGGAGAGGCGAGUCGGCCACCCGCUACAACUGAAGCUCAGUUUCGACCCCAAGGAUGCCGAUUUUGAAAUAUGCUUGACCCCUAAAAGUGGAUUUCCCCGCGACUGUUUGUUUGGCCUUCGAGUUUGGCUUCGCGUCUCCACCAUCUCUCCCGACAACCAACAACCCACUUUGUUCAGGCACCGCCUUUUCAGCGAGGAAUCAUUCUGGAUUUCGCGAAGUCCUAACUUUAAGUUGAGGUGGGAAGGCAGUUUUCUAGCCCAACCAUACAUCGCCAAGGAACGACAGCAUGUGCACUCAGCCGUCAUUUCCGGUGUCCCUCUCUUAUUCAUUGCGAAGCUCUCAAAUGUCGAAGGGGACAAAGGUGACCCCGCCGAGUUCCUGAUCUCCCUCGAGUACGAACUUGGUGGCGUUACCCGCACUCUCUGCCGAAAUAUCGAUGCUCGAAUAACCUGCCCUCUGACAGACAUCUCAUUCGUCAUUUACACUAUCCCCGCACGCCAAACAACGACCGGGUCGAUGCACCGUCUGUUCCUCUGGAUCAAAUCAACUGCAUCACCCCCUCCCCCGACAUCGUACCGAGGCAGUCCCAGCCAGUCCAUUGUCUACCAGCGCAUCUGGAAGACAGACUCAUUCCACAUCACGGGACUCACUCUACCCCUUCAUCUAGCCAGUGAUGAAACGAUAUUCGCAAGACCUGAUUCAAGAAGCCCUAUGGUGUUCGAAAAAGAUGAAGACGGACGUUCCACGGGGAAGGUUAUCCCCGCUAGAAGACAAUCCUCGAGCCAUCGGGGUUCAUCGAUGGAAACAGCUGUAGCUCCACCCCAACCUCCUACUUCUUCCAAUCCUAGGCUGCUCCAGCAUACCCCAAAAGCCUUCUACGGCGAUUGGCAAAAUACGACCGUAUCGAUCCCUCUACCCACCCCCCCUGGACCCCUAGCAGCUCCUAUUGCUCGCCCUUACAAUGCAAUCAUCCCUCCGCGAGAUUCUCUGGGCCCGCCUCUGCACCCUUACCACGGUCGCAAGUCGGCAUCGCCUGCCUUCGGUAGGGCCUCCUCGGAUCCCUUACCCCUUGAGAGGCAACAGAUUUCCGCCACGAACGCUGAUGAUGUCGAGGGGGGAUUAUACGAGCGGUAUGACGGGUUGGGUGUGACUUCCAUUCAGACCUUGCGUGAUGGGAAAGGGGAUCAAGAUGGAAACGCGUCGUACAUGAAGAGAAUCCUAAACGCAGACCUGGAGGGCGAUUUGAUCGAUGACGAUGAGGAGGCCUCGCCUAGUUAUGAGGCUGUGAUUGGAGGCCACUCUGGAGCGUUCCCAGAAGAGAAAGCUGUGCCCAGAAGGUGAAGGACUUUGAACGUUAUUUAUUUGCAUUGUGUUGUUGUAUCGGCUUAGUCUGUACUUGUGUAACGAGAUAUAGCCCCUCACCAACCACCUUCCCCGUCUUUGUAAGCCUGAGGCAUUGCAAUUUGCGGAAGUUGCAAAUUUAAAUAUAUUCCCCUCCGGAAACUGUACCUGCAUGUAUCAUUGUAUAUCAUCACACAUGAAAUCGCGAAUCCA